UAGCAAUAUUAUGAAAGGGCAAGCGCUUAUAAAGAUUAUAAAAUUGCUUUACAAAAUUUACAGUUCCGGGGCAUGGCACAGCGCCACGGUGUGGGCGGUGGUGGGCGGCGCGGCGGCGCUGGCGCUGGCGCUGUUGGCCGGCGUGGCGUGCUGGGCCGCGCGCCGCAAGAACGCGCUCGCUCACAAACUUGGAGGCAAGCGUGGCCCAGACAAGGCGCUGGUGUUCCAGCCUCCCCGCCGUGCUACCGCGGUCCGUUCUCCGGGCUCGGCCACGCAUUACCUGAGGAAGUCUCCGUCGCCCACGGCGCCCACUGCGCCCACGGCCACCUCCCCGCCCAGGCCACAGCCCACGCCCACGCCCACGCCGCAGAACCCGCCAUCCGGAGGCACCAGCCCCCACACACCGACAGCGCCGGAACCGGCCCCGCUCAGCAAGGAGCUCGCCGACGCCAACGCGACCGAGAAGCCAAAGCCGGUAGACAACGAGCCAGCCAACGAGGGCCGCCUUGGAGACCUCCACUUCAAGCUCCGAUAUGAAAACGAGAAGAACGCUCUGGUGGUAUCGGUGGUGUCGUGCCAGGGCCUCCCGGGCAGGGAGCCGGCCGGGCCCGACCCCUACGUCAAGCUGCAGCUGCUCCCGGACAAACAGCAUAAGGUCAAGACCAGGGUGGUCCGCAAGACCCGCUGCCCGGUGUACGACGAGGACUUCACGUUCUACGGCAUCGCGCCGCACCAGCUAGCCGCCAUCACGCUGCACUUCGUCGUCCUCAGCUUUGACAGAUACUCCCGCGAUGAGAUCAUAGGCGAGGUGGUGUCCCCGUUGUCCACGCUGCAGCUGCACAGCGGCGAGGCCAUGGCGCUGUGCCGCGAGAUCCAGCCGCGCAGUCUCAAGAUGCGGUCGGUGGGCCGCGGCGAGGUGCUGGUGUCGCUGUGCUGGCAGCCGGCCGCCGCGCGCCUCACCGUGGUACUGCUCAAGGCGCGCAACCUGCCCAAGAUGGACGUCACCGGACUCGCUGACCCAUACGUGAAAAUGUACCUGCUAUACAACGGCCAACGCAUAGCCAAGAAGAAGACCCACGUCAAGAAGCGCACGCUGAACCCCGUGUUCAACGAGUCCUUCGUGUUCGAGGUGCCCGCCGCGCCAAACGCCACGCUCGACCACGUCUCGCUCGAACUGCUCGUGCUAGACUGGGACAGAGUCACUAAGAACGAGGUGAUCGGUCGGCUGGAGCUCGGCGCCGAGGGCACCGGCAGCGCCCGGCACCACUGGCGCGAGGUGCAGGCGGCGCCGCGCCGCCAGAUCGCCGACUGGCACAAGCUCAAGGAGUGAGCGCCACGCCCAACCCCCACCAACCACUCGCCAGAAACCCACUGCGGACUGCUGGGACAGAGAUAAGUCCACUCUCCCUUUCUUAAUCCUUCAAGGCCCGCUAAUCUA